UGUACAUGAACACAGACCGUACAAGUGUUAGUUCAGACCUUCUUUUUCGCAACUCCUGUAACGGGAUCGCCACAAUUGUCUUUACUUGCUUUUCAUUUCAUCUCUUCACUGAAAAACUUUUUUGCUUUCAUUUUUUCGCUCUUUCUCACAACAGAUAAUUGCUUUCAAUUUCCUUUCAUUUUAUUUUUGUAUUUAUUUAUUUUUGGGUUUUGGUUAGGGUAGAUGAGCAAAAUGUUAUCGGAGCUUCGGGCGGGGCUGGGCAUAGAUUGAGAAUGAGGGAGCUGAAUGGUGUGAGGAGAAUUGGGGUUAUGAACAGUCCAGGUUCAUUGCCUCUGAGAAACGAGAUUGUAGUCGAAUGCCGAAUCCAAUCGAGAUCGGCGUUCGAUUCCUUCUUCAUUACCUCAGAACACCAACGUCGUCGUUUCGUUCUUACUGGCGUCGUUCUUUGAUAGGUGAAAUCCAUGUUUUAAAAAAGAAAUAUAUUAAACGGGUUGUUUUCCUUGUCUUCUUGGUGGCAGUUUGGUUCUUAUCAGGAAUGUUCGGGAGAAUAGAUUCUUCUGAAGGCGACUCUGGCAUUGUUGAAAAGGAUCCCACCGGUCGUUACGUUAGGUAUGAUGAGGUCUUGGGCAAGGGUGCUUAUAAGACUGUGUACGCUUUUCAACCUUACCUUCUACUCUCUUUCUCAGUCUCUAUUUUGAUCUGUGCAUUAAGGAUAGUUCUUGUACUUGGUUGUAUCAUUUGCAGUUACAAGGCAUUUGAUGAAGUUGAUGGUAUAGAAGUUGCCUGGAGCCGGGUGAAGCUCGAUGAUGUUCUGCAGUCUCCAGAGGAUUUGGAGAAGUUGUAUUCAGAGGUUCAUUUGCUGAAAUCAUUAAAGCAAGAUAACAUCAUUAAGUUCUACAAGUCAUGGGUGGAUGACAAAAAGAGAUUUGUUAACAUGAUCACUGAGCUCUUCACAUCUGGGAAUCUGAGGCAAUAUCGUCAAAAGCAUAAAAAUGUUGACGUGAAGGUUAUAAAGAACUGGGCCAGGCAGAUUCUUAGUGGCUUAGUCUAUCUACACAGUCACAAUCCACCUAUUAUUCACAGAGACUUGAAAUGUGACAAUAUUUUUGUUAAUGGCAAUCAUGGAGAGCUUAAAAUUGGAGAUCUUGGGUUGGCAAUCGUCAUGCAGCAAUCUACUGCCAAAAGUGUUAUUGGAACUCCUGAAUUCAUGGCUCCAGAGCUUUAUGAAGAAGAAUAUAAUGAACUCGUUGACAUAUAUUCUUUUGGGAUGUGUGUAUUAGAAAUGGUUACAACUGAGUAUCCAUAUAGCGAAUGCAAAAAUCCAGCUCAAAUUUAUAAAAAGGUUACCUCUGGCGUUAAACCUGCUUCCCUUGCUAAGGUGAGUGAUCCCCAAAUUAAGGAGUUUAUUGAGAAAUGUCUGGCUCCAGCCUCUGAGAGAUUGUCUGCAAAAGAUCUUCUGAAAGACCCCUUCCUUAAAGUUGAGAAUCCAAAGGAACCUUCCCAUGACCCUUUGCAGUUACCUAACCAAGACCUGAAAUUGAUCAAUUUACCCAAGUCUGGUCCUUCAUCCAUGGAUAUAGACCCUGAGUAUCAGAAGCUCUCAUUAAGCACAUGUACUGAUAGCAACCAUGGAAGUCCACAUUUGCCAGUUUGGGAAUAUCAAAGGACCCAUAGGAACAAUGUGUUCAGGUUGAGAGGGAUGAAAAAUGAUGAGACCUCUAUAUCAUUGACCUUUCGUAUUGCCGACUUAUUUGGUCGAGUGAGGAAUAUACAUUUCCUCUUCUAUCUUGAUAGUGAUACUGCACUCUCAGUGGCGAGUGAGAUGGUUGAACAACUAGAGUUGGCAGAUCAUGAUGUGGCCUUCAUAGCUGAAUUUAUUGAUUAUUUGAUAAUGAAACUUUUGCCUAGUUGGAAGCCUUCAUCAGAUUACUCGGGUGGACCAGCAAUAAGUCUCAAUGGUGGAUACCCAGCCCUGGGAAAUGGGAAAACUUCAAUGGCUAGCCUCUGGGAUACAAGGCAAACUGGUGCUCCUUUUGAGUUUGAAGUGGAGCAAGGUAUUUCUGGGCUUGGUACAAAUUCUCGAGAUCUUAUUCCAGGCCGAGGGGAAAGCAUGUUUGAUGGUGACUAUCAUUCUUCUCCCAUUUUGAUUAAUUUUGAAGACAAAGAAUCACAAGCAUCAGUUAGUUCAGAUAUUCUUGUUGAAGGUGCUUCUGCAAAACAUGAUACAGCAGCAUCAGAACCUGCCGAGUAUUGUGUUGGCGGAAGCAGUAAAGAGUUAAAUGAUUACGCCUCCGAGUUAGACCUUGGAGAUUUCUAUUAUGAUCAUUGUAAAUUACAAAGAAACUAUAGUGAUGCUGGAGAAGGUACGUUCUUGAAUGAAUUUAUGAAAAAUUCAGAACUAUCAUUCCCUAACUCAAGUGGAGAAUUGAGCCUUACAAGCAGUUCAUUUCUGUGUUUGGCUGACAAAGAUUGUGAUGAGCUAAAGAUGGAACUGAAUGCAAUUAUCGCUCAAUAUCAGCAUUGGUUUGAAGAACUUUAUAAGAUGAGGGAAGAGGCAUUGGAGGCUGCCAAAAAGAGAUGGUUGGCAAAGAAGAAACUGACUGUAAAUUAAUUGAAAGCAUCAUUUCAUUGAUUUUCACAUUGCCCGUUCCACCAGCUGUGAUUAUAACUAUGAUCUCUUGUAUGGGAUUUCACAUCAUUUUCCGCAUUUUCUGGACUGCAAGCUUAGUUUUCAAUUGAACUUGCAUAUACACAACUUAGAUUUCCGGAAAUUCAACAAGCUAAUGCCUAGGAUCUUUUCAUUUA